AAAGUAGAUUUAAUUAACUAUAAGGUAAAUUUUAAUUGUUGUAAGCGGUAGAUAAAAUGGCCGACAAAAACCAGGAAGUAAAUUCCGGCAGAGAAAAUACACAGGAAUCGGAGGGUAGUGUACAGAAGGAACAGAAUGAACCUCCUCAGGAUGUUGUUGAACUGUGCAGGGAAACUUUCAAGAAAACUGCUGAAUAUCUAAAAGGAGAAUUGGAAGGUACAGUAGAGGAUUACAAGUUGUUAGAGACGAUGAACAAAGUUACAGUGUCAAAAUAUUCAGAAAUGAAAAAUUCUGCAGCGGAUAUUGGCACAGCCCUCCAGGCUCUAAAUGAAAAAUACAGAAACUUGCAGCCAUUCUUGGACCAGGUAGACCAGAUAGAAGACAGUGUGUCCUCGCUAGAACAAGCUGCUUAUAAACUUGAUGCUUACUCCAAGAGAUUAGAAGCCAAAUUUAAAUCCUUGGAGAAGAGAUGAUCUUUAUACAGCUUUACUGGAUGAAAUAACAAAGUGUAGAUAUUCCUUACAUAAAGAAGGGACCAGUGCAAUUAUUUGUAAAAUCUGAAAUACUUGAGAACAUACAGGUUGUUAAACAGUGACAGUUCAAUGUAGGGCCAUUUUUGUUAAAGUUAUAAAAAUAGAGACAAGAUUGCUUUAAAAUUCACAAAGAUCAAAGGUGACUCUACAAACAAUUAAGUGACUCAUUUAUACAUGUAAUAUUUUGCUUGAGUGGAUUUUGACAGGCCUAGGUCCCAAAAGGCACUUGCGCCAAGUGUUAUCUGGUCUGGCAAAAUCCACAAGAACUAAAUGUGUCAUUGCAGAUCAAGUUUUACAUAUACCUAUUUGUACUGUAAUAUCAGCCAAAAUGAUCCUGAAAUCUUGUUUGAAAUGGUUAACUUUUUUAAAAAUGCUUGGAACGUCAUAUCUAAAACAAACAGUCACACCAUUGAAUAUUUUUCCCUGUCCAAUUGGAGUUGAAUGAAGAGUUUUGUAUUCAUUACUGAAAUACAGGCUGUAGUUUAGACAGAAAUUUCAUUGGUUUAUCAUAUACAGAAACCUUUACUCAAUUCAUUUUUAAGAUAGUGUUUGAUAAACUGGAAAUAGUGGGGUAACAUCAUUUAUCCAUUUAACUUAGAAUAAAGCUUGGACUCAGCAUACAUAGGGGAAAAUCUUCUUGAAUUAAUUGCAACCUGUAAGUAAAUUUAUUAAAACAGCAAAGUUACUAUCUUUCUAAAGAUAAAAAUGAUAUUAAAAAUUUUGACACAAAUAUUUCAAAAUAAUGUCUUAAUAUCAGUUGAAAUAUUUAGCUCUCUUUAACCAUGGGCAGAUAUCUUAAAAGAGAUACACAGAUCUACCCAUUUCAUUUCACCACAUCGUAGACCAUUUGUUAUUUAUGAAUGUUAAAAUCUAAGUUGUGGAAAAUUUCUCUUUGCAAAAUGAUAUCAAAAUUGCGAUUUACACAUACUGGAAACUCGUCCACAUAUAUCAAAUCAGUCUAGCAAGAUAUCAGGCACACUUUUUUACCCAGUUUUCUAAGUAUAUUUAGAUGUUUUAUAAGAUCAGGGUUUAAUCAGAUUCUGUAUUGUAGAUGUUUUUUAUCUGAACAUGCAGAACUACUUGAAUGCUAAAAGAUAUUUGAUAAAUAUGUAUUUAAAUGGGAAUGGGUCAGCUCUUGUGUUUAAAGGACCCAGUCUUAAGUGUCUGGGGUUGUGAUUAGUAGCAGCCAGUGGGGCUUUUUUUCAGGUCAAUUUGGGGCCUUAAUCCCAAUAGAAGAUAGUAUGUUUUUUCCAAAUUUUGAAGCACAGAAGAGAAAAAUACUGAAUAUAUUUGUGAUAGUACAGAAUUUUGUUAUAAAAAUUUGGAGAUGAAAAUUAUGGUAAAACAUCAGACAGGUACUGGUAUUUCACAGUGACAGGUUCAGCCAGGUGCUGCAAAUUUCUCCUGAUCUUAUUUUGCCCUUGACUGCAUAUGCUCCUAGUCUACAUUAUAUUUACCUUGUUUUCUAUAGAACAUAGAAAUGGUUUUCAAGGUCCUGUGUUUGAGUACUUGUCUGCCUGCACAAUUUUCUCCUAUUUAAUAUAUAUUUUGUAAACAUGUGUUUAUUAUGUUCAGUUUUAUGAAUAUUUGAUCCUAAAAUAGUUGUGCUGAAUUGAUGUGUUUAUUGAGAUUUUUAUGCCCCCAGCAUCUACUGAUGCAGGAGGCAUAUAGUGAUUGUCCGUUCGUCAGUCCGUCCAUUCGUCCUUCCGUACGAGGUUAUCCAAAUGGGACUGUUUCGUCUAGCAUCAAUACCCCUUACUAGAAUGACUUGAUACUAAUGCAGAUGUGACCAUUCCUCAUCUUCAGACAUCACCUGACCUCAGUUUCACCUUGACCUUGACCUCAUUUUGGGCUUAGGUUGCUUUAUAUGGGCCAUCUCUUGGUUAACCAAAUGGGACCGUUUCAUCUAGCAUCAACACCCCUUACAAGAAUGAAUUGAUACUAAUACAGAUGUAAACUGUGACCAUUCCUCAUCUUCAAACAUCACCUGACCUCAGUUUGACCUUGACCUCGUUUUGGACUUAGGUGCAAAAUCUAUCGACAAGGAUGCCACUGGGGGCAUCAAGCAUUUAUUGAACGCAGCUCCUUGUUUGUGAUUGUAAAUAUUUACAAUGCAUUAAAUUAAAUUUUAUUCACAGGA